CGGCGUGGUGCGCAGGCGCAGAGAGCGCUGCUAGUCGAAGUAGGAAUGGACGCGCUGGAAUCGUUGUUGGACGAGGUGGCCCUGGAGGGCCUUGAUGGCCUGUGUCUGCCCGCGCUGUGGAGCCGUCUGGAGACGCGAGUGCCGCCCUUCCCGCUGCCUUUGGAGCCUUACACGCAGGAAUUUCUGUGGCAGGCCCUUGCUACGCACCCGGGCAUCAGCUUCUAUGAGGAGCCUCGAGAACGACCCGACCUCCAGCUCCAGGACCGGUAUGAAGAAAUUGACUUGGAAACAGGAAUUUUGGAGUCAAGGAGGGACCCAGUCCCUUUGGAGGAUGUCUACCCCAUUCAUAUGAUCUUAGAGAAUAAGGAUGGCAUCCAGGGCUCAUGCCGGUAUUUUAAGGAGAGGAAAAACAUUACCAGUGACAUCAGGACCAAGUCUUUACAGCCCUGCUGUACAAUGGCGGAAGCCUUUGGCAGAUGGGGGAAGAAACUGAUCAGUUGCCUCCCAGGACAUGCGUUACAGGGCCUUGAUAGGCUUGGAGGGCGACCCCGACCUGAAGCUCCCUGACUUCUCCUACUGCAUUUUGGAGCGCUUAGGCCGAUCCCGGUGCAAGGGGAGCUCCAGCGAGACCUCCACAGCACUGCUUUCAAGGUGGAUGCUGGGAAGCUCCACUAUCAUAGGAAAAUUCUGAACAAGAACGGGCUCAUUACGAUGCAGUCACAUGUGAUCCGAUUACCCACUGGAGCCCAGCAGCACUCGAUCCUCCUCCUCCUGAACCGGUUUCAUGUGGACAGGAGGAGCAAAUAUGACAUCCUUAUGGAGAAGCUUUCGCUUGUGCUGAGCACACGAAGUAACCAGAUAGAAACACUGGGAAAGCUGAGGGAGGAACUGGGACUAUGCGAGAGGACAUUUAAGCGUUUAUACCAGUACAUGCUGAAUGCUGGCCUAGCGAAGGUGGUGUCUCUUCCCUUACAAGAGAUUCACCCUGAAUGUGGACCUUGUAAGACAAAGAAAGGGACUGAUGUCAUGGUGCGCUGCCUCAAGCUGCUGAAGGAAUUUAAACGGAAGGUCGAAGAGGACCACGACCAGGACGAUGACGAGGAUGAGGAGGUCAUCUCCAGGGCAGUGCCUCCGGUGGAUGUUGUGUAUGAGCGGGAUAUGCUCACUCAGACCUACGAACUCAUUGAACGCAGAGGCACAAAAGGGAUUUCCCAAGCUGAAAUCCGAGGGGCUAUGAACGUGGGGAAACUGGAAGCAAGAAUGCUGUGUCGUCUUCUUCAAAGAUUCAAAGUUGUCAAGGGAUUCAUGGAAGACGAAGGGCGGCAGAGGACCACCAAGUACAUCUCCUGUGUGUUUGCAGAAGAAAGUGACCUAAGCCGGCAGUAUGAGCGGGAGAAAGCCCGGAGCGAGCUCCUGACCACAGUGAGCCUAGCCUCUGUGCAGGAGGAGUCCCUCCUGCCGGAAGGAGAGGACACGUGCCCCUCUGAGUCAGACAGUGAGGAGGAGGGCAGCAGCCACAAGAGGAGAGGCAAGGGGUCGCAGGGGGACGUGAAAUCCUCCUCAAAUGGCAGUCUCGGGACUCAGCCUCAACACUCCACCCCAACGAAGGGUGGAUGGAAGGUCAUGAACCUGCACCCGCUGAAGAAGCAGCUGUCUCCCUUGCCGGGGGCCACUGAAGAGAGAGCCUGCCAGACCUCCGUCGGCGGGGACAGCCUCCUGGAUUCCAACAGCUCCUCGGACCCCAGCAUGUCCUUUGGCUCUCACUGUGCAGAGAGUAACAGUGGUGACAUAGCCAUGAUCGAAGAGGUCAGGCUUGAAAAUCCAAAGGAGAGUGGCAGUUCCCAGAAGCCUGGGAAGCAUGGCCCAGGCCAAGACAAACCCCAUGAGACUUACCGGCUGCUGAAACGCAGGAAUCUGAUCAUAGAAGCCGUCACCAACCUCCGCUUAAUCGAGAGCUUAUUCACGAUUCAGAAAAUGAUCAUGGAUCAGGAGAAGCAAGAAGGCGUGUCCACCAAGUGCUGUAAGAAGUCCAUUGUCCGCUUGGUGCGCAACCUGUCUGAGGAAGGUCUCCUGAGACUCUAUCGGACUACAGUUAUUCAAGAUGGCAUCAAGAAGAAGGUGGAUCUGGUAGUGCACCCAUCCAUGGACCAGAAUGACCCUCUUGUGAGAAGUGCCAUUGAGCAGGUUCGUUUCCGGAUCUCCAAUUCAAGCACAGCAAACAGGGUGAAAGUGCCCCAGCCUCCAGGGCCUCAAGGGGAGGCCGAGGAAGAAAGUCAAGGAAAAGAGGGCCCAAGUGGAUCAGGAGAGUCUGAGCCGAAUGCUUCCUCUAAGCCAGAAAGUGGACGAGUGAAAAAAACUGAUGAGAAAAUGGGCAUAACACAGUUGAAAAAUUAUAACCCUGUUGUAGUUCCAGGACUUGGGCGUUCUCUAGGGUUUCUGCCCAAAAUGCCUCGCUUGCGGGUGGUACACAUGUUUCUGUGGUACCUGAUCUAUGGGCACCCUGUCAGCAAUGCGGUGGAGAAGCUGGGCUUCAGCAGUGACAGAAGACCAGGAAAGCAGGAGCCGGGAAGGGCUGGAGUUUCAUCCUCCACUGGAAGUGACCGGGAGGCCCCCUCCGAUGCCCCACCCAAGGACAACCAGGAAGGAGCCACCUGGGAGGCUGAAGUGGAACUCGCCACCGAGACAGUAUACGUGGAUGAAGCCUCAUGGACACGCUACGUUCCUCCCAUCCCAGUCCACCGGGACUUUGGCUUUGGCUGGGCACUCGUCAGCGACAUUCUCCUCAGCCUGCCUCUCUCCAUCUUUGUCCAGAUUGUACAAGUCAGCUACAAGGUGGACAACCUUGAGGACUUCCUGAACGACCCUUUGAAGAAGCACACGCUGAUCCGCUUUCUCCCCAGGCCUGUUCGGCAGCAGCUUCUGUACAAGAGACGCUACAUUUUUUCCGUAGUGGAGAACCUUCAGAGGCUGUGCUACAUGGGGCUGCUACAGUUUGGUCCCACGGAAAAGUUUCAGGAUAAAGAUCAGGUCUUUAUUUUCUUGAAGAAGAAUGCAGUCAUCGUUGACACCACCAUCUGUGACCCACAUUACAACCUCGCCCACAGCAGCCGGCCCUUCGAAAGGCGUCUUUAUGUCCUGAACUCAAUGCAGGAUGUGGAAAACUAUUGGUUUGAUCUGCAGUGUGUCUGCCUCAAUACGCCUUUAGGAGUGGUGCGCUACCCACGUGUCAGGAAGAGCAACAGCCCAGAUCGGAGUGAUGAGGAGGGCAGUCUGCAGAAGGAGCAGGAGAGUGCCAUCGACAAGCACAACCUGGAGCGCAAGUGUGCCAUGAUGGAGUAUACCACGGGGAGCCGUGAGGUGGUGGAUGAAGGCUUGAUUCCUGGAGAUGGGCUGGGAGCUGCUGGGCUUGACUCUAGCUUCUAUGGACACCUGAAGCGCAACUGGAUCUGGACCAGCUAUAUCAUCAACAAGGCCAGAAAGGAGAACACUUCUUCAGAGAAUGGGCUCAUGGUGAGGCUGCAGACAUUCCUGUCCAAGCGCCCACUGCCUCUCAGUGCUGGAGGCAGCAGCAGGUUGACUCUCUGGGGAGGGGAAGCCCGAGCAGGAUCCGAGCUCUGUGUUGACAGGGAAGAGCAGUUUGAGCUUGACCGAGAGCCCACGCUGGACAGGAACCAGAGAGUGAGGGGUGGGAAAAACCAGAAGCGGAAGCGGCUGAAGAGGGACCCUGGAAAGAAGAUGAAGAAGAAGAGAAAAGAAGAGCUCCCAGAAGAAAAAAGCAAACGGCUGCGUUACCACGAUGAAGCUGACCAGAGCGCCCUGCAGAGGAUGACCCGGCUGCGCGUCACAUGGUCCAUGCAGGAAGACGGGCUGCUCAUGCUCUGCCGAAUUGCCAGCAAUGUCCUCAACACCAAGGUGAAGGGCCCAUUUGUCCCCUGGCAGGUUGUGCGGGACAUUUUGCACGCUACAUUUGAAGAGUCUUUGGAUAAAACAUCUCAUUCAGUUGGACGAAGAGCUCGCUACAUAGUCAAAAAUCCACAAGCCUAUCUGAACUAUAAGGUUUGCCUAGCUGAAGUCUACCAAGAUAAGGCACUUGUUGGAGAUUUCAUGCAUCGGAAAUGUGACUAUGAAGACCCAAAGGUUUGUGCCAACGAGUUUAAAGAAUUUGUGGAGAAGCUUAAAGAGAAGUUCAGUUCAGCCCUAAAGAACCCUAACCUUGAAAUACCAGACACUCUCCAGGAGCUCUUUGCCAGAUACCGAGUUCUGGCAAUUGGAGAUGAAAAAGAUCAAAUCAGGAAAGAGGAUGAACUUAACAGUGUGGAUGACAUCCACUUUCUGGUGCUCCAGAACCUGAUCCAGAGCACACUGGCCCUCUCAGACAGUCAGAUGAAGUCCUGCCAGUCAUUUCAGACUUUCCGCCUAUACCGAGAGUACAAGGACCAGGUUCUUGUGAAGGCCUUCAUGGAGUGCCAGAAAAGGAGCUUGGUCAACCGGCGCCGGGUCAACCACACUCUGGGCCCUAAGAAAAACCGGGCUUUGCCCUUCGUGCCAAUGUCCUACCAGUUGUCCCAGACCUACUACAGGAUUUUUACAUGGCGAUUUCCCAGCACCAUCUGCACAGAAUCAUUCCAGUUCUUUGACAGAAUCCGGGCUGCUGGCAAGGCUGACCAGCCUGAUAAUUUUUCCUUCAAAGACCAGGAUAACAACAACUCCCCAAGUGACCUGGUGGCAUUUUCUUUGGAUGGCCCUGGAGGACACUGUGUGGCUGCCCUGACCCUUUUCUCUUUGGGCCUCAUUUCUGUGGAUGUCAGGAUCCCAGAGCAGAUUGUAGUGGUGGACAGUUCAAUGGUGGAGAAUGAGGUCAUUAAGAGCCUGGGGAAGGAUGGGGGCUUGGAAGAGGACGAGGAUGAAGAGGAAGACUUGGACGAAGGCUCGGGGGGCAAGCGGCGGAGCAUUGAGGUGAAAGCCCGCCAGGCCUCCCACACCAACUACCUGCUGAUGAGGGGCUACUGUGCCCCUGGCAUCGUCAGCACCCGCAACCUCAACCCCAACGACAGCAUUGUGGUCAACUCCUGCCAGGUCAGGUUCCGGCUCCGCUGCUGCCCCACGCCCACCCAGCUGGGGCCCACUGCCACCUCGCUGGAAGAGCUGGCAGUGGGCAUCUCCUGCCUCCCGGGCACUUUCACCAGGCUGAUACACAGCCAGGAUGCGUGCAGCCUGGAAGAGUUUGUCCGGCAGGGGAAGCUGUCUGGGUAUACACCUGGAGAUGUGUCUGCCGCCUUGGAGGUCCAGGGGGCCAUUUCAGCUGCCGGGUGCUUUGGGGUGGACAGGGUGGAGCUGAGCAGACGGUUCUCUGCCUUUGAGAAGACAGACGGCAAGCGCACCCGGACCUUCACAGAUUAUGUCCAGGACCUCCUGGAGCAACACCAGAUACUGGAAGUGGGUGGCAACACUGCUCGCCUGGUGACCGUGGCCGCUGCCCAGCCCUGGCUUCUGCACUCACUGCAGCUGAAAGGCCGAGAGGAGGGUGCCAACACUCCAAGGGAAGAUCCCCAGGCCAGAACCCCAGAGGGGCUGUGCAGUGAGGAUGGCCCCUCUGAGAGGCAGGCACCACCAUCUCAGGGCCCCCGGAGUGCCAAGAGGCGUGCUAGCUGGGCCAGCACCGAUGUGGCCCGUCAGGGUGGGGAGACUGACCCUGACAGUACCCAGAAGCCCCCCACCAAAAGGCCCACGCUCCAGGAUGUGCACUUGGCCCCCAGCCCCAGGCCCAGAGCAGAAGAGGAGCCAGAAACCCAGGUGCCCGCUCUGCUGGCAGCUCCUGAAGACGCAGGUGUCAGGGAGUCUCUCCCAGGCGCAUCAGAGGCUGGGCAGGAGGACCAAGAGGAAGCUGGGGUACCCAGUCCCCCAGGCCAAGAGCAGCUGAGCUGUCAGGCCCAGUUUCUGGAGGGCCCUGAAGACCCCAGAGAUUUUGCAGACAGUUCUGUGGCCAGCAGCCUCUCCCAAGCAGUGCGGGAAAUGGACUGUGAGAGCGUCUGCUUCGUCGGCCGCCCUUGGCGCAUCGUAGAUGGCCACCUGAACACGCCAGUGUGCAAGGGCAUGAUGGAGGCCGUGCUUUACCACGUCAUGACCAGGCCCGGUGUCCCUGAGAGUUGCCUGCUGCAGCACUACCAGGGCGUCCUGCAGCCUAUUGCUGUGCUCGAGCUGCUCCAGGGCCUGGAAUUCCUUGGCUGCAUUAAAAAGCGCCUGCUGAGAAAGCCCAAUGCUGUCUCCCUCUUCUCUAAGCCUGUGGUUGAAGAGGCAGAGGCGCCUUCCAGCCUGAGUGAGAGCCCAGUGGUGUUCUACGAGCCCACACUGGACUGUACCCUCCGGCUGGGCCGCGUGUUUCCCCACGAGGUCAACUGGAACAAGUGGGCCCACUUAUAAAGCCUGUGUCGCCAUCACGACUGACCCAUCGCUGCUGCUGGCUCCUGGGGAAGCAGCCAGCCCUCCAGGGGGCAGCCUCGCCCAGGCCUGUGGUGCGUCCCGGCGAGGUCUAGGUCUAGGCAUGCACAGGGACAGGACUGUGCCCAGCCUCGGCCCUACCGUGAUGUCCUGACCUGGAGCUCUGGGAAGAGAGCCACCCACCUGCCUGCUCCAUGGCUAUUCCCAGGCUGGCCCUGAGGACCUUGCCUCGUGACACAUGGAGUUGUGGGGGAGCAGUUAUGAGGAGACUCUGGUCCCCCCCACUUUCGUUCCCAGGGCCUCUCGGUUGGCUCCUGCCUCAGGCACAUACCCUGUUCUCAGAGAGCUGCCUGUGUUCUCUGAAACCUGGGUUGCGGUGAACUUGAACCCUAAUGGCUUCCAACGUGUGGCUGCCAUUUGGGAAUGGAGCUGCCGGCCCAGGCCCCCAAGCCUUUUGUCUGGGCCUCAUCUGUUGGCUGGUGAGGGGUGGGAGCUGUCACACAGGUUUGCCCUGUCCCCACAUACCUCGCAUUCCAGAUUCCAGCUGCCGUGGCAGACUCUCCCCGGCUACCCUGAAAGUCCAAGUGCCCUGAGCGGCAGGGCCUUGUGAGGAUCAUGUCACAGAACGGGGGCACCAGCAGAAACUUCUGCUCUCCAGGCAGGGUGUCCGAGCCCUGAAGCAGGACUGAGCCACCGGGAGAGGCGCCCUCGAGUCCAGCAGCCUGGCAACCCUCCUGCUGGGGCAGACGCACUCUCUCCUGCUGGCUGGAAACGCGGAGUCACUGCGGGCCUUGGGGUUGUUUUGUUCUUUCAACCUUUUUCCUCAUUUAAGAAAAUCCCCUGGCAUGUAUUUAUUUAUUUUUUAAUUAAAAUGAAGUAAAAUGCA